AUGGCGAGCUCCCGAUCGAAGCUCAGGCUGCAGGUGCCAGCAAAAGUCAAUCCUCAGAUCCGCGUUGGGCCCUUACAGGAAGAUGGGUAUCAUGAUAUUACAUUGGCCUACCAGGCAAUAUCGCUGUAUGACGUCUUGACGGUUUCGUCUGAUCCUCAUGGACCAUCCAUUGAGGUCUCUGGCAUGGACUGCGACCGAGUCCCAGCUACCGAUCAAAAUCUUGUUAUCAAAGCAGCGGCUCUUUUGGCCAAAUAUGUAAGCAUCGAGCCCACCGUUCAUUUUGAGCUUGUCAAAGCUAUUCCCGCAGAGGCUGGUCUGGGGGGUGGAAGUGCCGAUGCGGCCGCUGCUCUGGUGGGGUGCAAUAUGUUGUGGAAAUCAAACGUCAGUGACGAGGACCUGAUGCAUCUCGGAGCAUACAUCGGGGAAGAUGUACCAUUCUUUAUCAAGGGUAUGAUGGCUAUCGGUCUAGGACACAAACAGCCAUUACGUAGCCUUGGUACAGGGGACCACACAUGGAUCUGGGUUUUAGGAGUGCCUUUUCGUGGGCUUUCGACAAAAGCUGUCUUUCAAGAGUAUGACAAUUGUUUGGCUGAACGCAAGUCCGGCCAAGAGGAUUAUCUUUCGAAGCGACAGGGCUGUCUGGAAGUCCCCUGGGGAAAUGCUCCGGGCAGUCUACGAGGCGCGCUUGUUAAUGACCUCGAGCAGCCAUCUGCACGCUUAUUACCUGAUAUCACGACCGCAUUAGAUGCCGGACGGUCAGUUGGAGCGUUUGCAAGCCUCAUGAGUGGCUCUGGAUCAACGUGUGCGUUCCUGGCCAGAGAUGAGGACCAUGCUCGUCAUAUGCAAGCCGAGUUCCAGAGAAUGCAACUGUUUAGAGAGGUUUGUAUUGCUUUCGGCCCUGUACCAGGGGUGACUAUAAUGAAAGACUAG